AGGUGUGCUAGCUAAUGACACAGAGGAGGUGUGUUAUGGUGACGUAGUGUGUGAAGACGAAUGCUGCCACGACAUGGACUUUGGGAUUCCGUAUUGUUGCUCCAAGUAUACAGGUGGAAGCCGCCAAAGCCUCCAGCAGGAACGGAUCCCGAGAAACACUGACGUCAGACACAGACCAGACUGACCUAGAUUCCACAGGCGGCGAUGCCAACGACAACAACAGGGCACGCCCACCCCCUGCCUACAGUGACGUCAUGCGCACGUUCACCAGGUGUCACUCCUGUGACGUAGCAGGCUCGUCCACCCGCGUGAUGCGGGCAGACUUUGACGUUAUAGGAAUGUUGGCCAGACAACACAGUGAGGGGAGUCAAAUGGGAGGCGGGCUGCCUCCUUUGGUCGACGUGGCGGCGCUGCUGGCCAGACACAGACAGGAGGCGGAGCAGAUGCAGAACUCGUCCUCCUUACCUCCGCUCAUGUCCACGGAUGUGUUGGAGAGUAAGCUUCCGACUUACGAGGAGUGUGUAGUCACCCGAAGAUCUGAGCCGGGAGGGGCUUGUGAAUAUUCUAUACGAGAAAAUUUUGUUCGUAGUAAAGAACUAGACGAGGCGCAGUACCGGCUAGAGCAGUGUUCAGAUGGAGCUGGUGAAGAAACAGAAGAGUCGGUGCGAAACGUGGAAGAUGGUGCAGUAGAGUCAGAAGAUAUAGGAAGUCCAAAACUCGCGAGUGACGUCACCACAAGUGAUACAGCAGAAAGGGAAUUAGACGUUGUUCGAGAGAGAGAGGCCGAGGAACCAGCAGCAGUACAAAGCUGCCAACAUGAAAAUGAGGGCGAACGUAUUCGUUCUCAAUCUGAUCAAAACUCGAAUGAACAAACGAAUGAAAGCGAUGCUGUGACUGUGUCAACCCAGAAAGAAGGAGAGAAUGAUUCUGUCGAAGACAACCCUUCUCAGACUGCUCAGGGUACAGACGACAGUGAUACAAAUACAAAAUCGAUCGCUGAAGAAAAUAACAACGAUGAAAGUGACGACGUCUCAACUUCUGAUGAUGUUCCAAAAGAUACCGAAGAAAGUACGAGUGAAAAAGAUAUUAAAGACAAUGGUGUGGACAAGUCACCAGCCUUAGACUCAGCCAACCUGCAUCAUUCAAACCAUGGGGAGCCUGGGGAACUCUCUAGUCCAGAGGGUAAAGCGAUUCCGAAUUCCCUUGAAACCGAUCAGAACGAGAUUAAAUGUGACGACACGUCAAUGGCUGCCGUUUCUAUGGCGAUGGAGACGUCAGAAAACCAAGCAAAGGACGACUCAGAUGAAUCUGAGAACAAAAUCUAACAAUAAGUCCUCUUGUAUCGAUGAGCUGAGGGUUCUGUAAGGUGAAACGUUGAGUUAAAAGAGACAGGAGGUCUUGAUCCAGGUAUUGUUAAGAGAACUGUGGACAAGUGUGAUAUAGGACAUUUUGUGAAGGGUGAUGAAGAAAUUGUUCUAGAGACCUUUGGUGACCUCAUGCAAAAACUGUCGGGGUGUGGUGACAGUAUUCGGUUAUUGUUCGCACAUUUCUAGACCUUGAAUCUUACUUCAGGGCUGUUAUUGUUGUUGAUGUUGUUGUUGUUGUUGUUGUUGUUGUUGUAUGUUUGUUUGUUUACCUGUUAGUUUUUUAAAUGUUCAAAGACGCUCUCGAUGCAAGAGAGGUUUACUUGCAAACUACAACACAAACAGGCGAUGACGUGGUGGUUGGUUUUCAAAAGUUGGAACGAGACUGAAGAACGGGACAAGAAAUGAGCAAAAUAUUUUGCAUAUCUACGUUCAUGUGCGUCUUUUGCAUACGCUUUACCAAACAUUUGGAUUAAAUGCAUUAUAUGAGACACAUACUGGCAUAUUUUUAUGUAAUUGAUUUUUUUUUCCUUUUCUGACUUCGUUUAUCGGCGCGUUCAGAUGUGGUGACAAAGUUUCAUCGAGUAGUUACCUCCAUACUGAAUGCAUGUGCUCGUACCAUCAGCUGUAUUGGAGAAAUAUUCAGCCCCGUCAACUUUGUAUAAGAAAUAUUCAUGUUAUGCAUUAUGGCAGAAUACCAAAAACUGGCUUCUUUUGGUGUCACAGUUGAGCACUUUGCCGUAGCAUACAGAAGAACGAGUUCGGUUUUUGUGUUGAGAGAAUUUCUAUCGAGUGUCUCGGUCUUUCUGCUGGGACGUUGUAUCCGUCUCAUCCCUGAUUGGCCUCGACCAGCAGGGUCGAAC